AUGAUUUUUCCUAUACUUCUCUUCGUAGCGACAACCGCUGCACAACAAGCUGCAUAUGGCCAAUGCGGAGGUGUAAGCUGGACCGGUGCAACAAGUUGUGCUACAGGCAGCACUUGUGUCUACCAAAACCAGUACUAUAGUAAUCAAUCCCCGGAGCACACUACACAGCAACAUACUCACCAUGUUGCGUCCCACGUCUACUGCAGGCAUAGAAUAUUUUAUAACUUUAUCGGCUAUCUCGUUGAAACAUACAAUGUCACACUCAUGUUAUCAUACAACUUUGCUUUCGGAGGCGCGACAACCAACGCAUCGCUUGUCGCUCCUUACGCACCCACAGUACUCUCCUUGAUCGACCAAGUGGAUCAAUUCGUCCAGUAUAUUCCCUCGGGGCCUUGGUCGGCUAGCAACACGCUUUUCGGCAUCUUCAUGGGUGUUAAUGAUGUUGGGAACGCAUACUAUCUCUCGAAUUAUACCACGGUACUCGGUCAAAUCAUGGAUUCUUAUUUUGCGGAAGUUCAGCGACUCUACGAUGCCGGGGGCCGGAAUUUUCUGUUUUUGACCGUUCCACCCACCCAAGAUAGUCCGCUCUUCAUAGCUCAGGGGACGGCGGUGCAGGCUUCUCUCGCUACUGCUAUAUCGCAAUACAAUGCAGCUCUAGUGUCACGGGUGACAGAAUUUAAAGUGGCAAAUGCUGGAUCCAAGACCUGGGUAUACGAUACUCAGAUUCCCUUCUUAGCCGCAAUCAACAAUCCUACAGCAUAUGGUUCGGCUAAUGCCACUUGCAUCAACUCCGAUGGAGUCAGUUGUCUCUGGUGGAACAACUAUCAUCCUGGACAAAUUAUUCACAAACUAGUCGCUCAAGGAGUAGCUACACUCAUGAAGGGGACGUUCUGGUAG